GUUGUUUGUAAAGUCUAUUCAAGCAUGCUGUGUGCAGUUGUUUGUCAAAAGUCUAUAUCCAAGCAUGCUAGCUGACUGACAGAAGCAAACCGAACAUUCUGAAAAGAAAACGAAAUAUACCAUCAGCAACUGUCAGAAGAACCGAAACUGCUCCUACUGACGCAAGUGUGCCCAACGAAAGCGAGAACGCGACCAUUUCAUCCAAUCACCUCGCUCUGCUUCGUUCGUAUCAUCAAUCCAUUUGUUUAUCGCCUACAAAUGACGAGCGACGGCGCGACAGGUAAUGCCGCCGCGGUCGAUCUCCGAAAUAAAACCCCUCCAGCAGACGCCAAACCCGCCAUUAAAAUACCCCGGAGCUGCCACCACAUAGAACGAGUCGUCCUUGUUCUUCACACCCACCAAGUGGCACGCCUCCACGACGCGCGCGCCGGCUAAGCCGUACGUGACUGCGAGUUACAUUAAGACCCCGUCCCUCCUCCCACUCCCACUCCUCUUGAUGGCUGCUUCUUCCACCUCUGCAUCUACCAAGAACUCAUAGGAGCGCAGUAAUAAGUGUUCUUGUUAGUAGGACGGCAAGCUUUGGCGAGAGAAGAGAAGAGAAGACGGCGACGGCGACGAAAACAGGAAGGGCAUGGAUCGGUUGGUGAUACCUGAGCCGUCAAACGAGGUGAUGAUCCGGGUGGAGCCCGGCAUGCAGGCGAGGGGGGAGCUGACGCUAAGGAACGCGAUGCACACCAUGCCGGUGGCGUUCAGGCUGCAGCCGGCGGUGCGCGGGCGCUUCGCGGUUCGCCCGCACACGGGGAUCCUGGCGCCGCUCGCGGCGGUCACCGUGGAGGUGCUGUACCUGGCCUCCGCGCCUCCAGAUAGGCCCAGCGGGUCAGGAAGAGGAGGAGGGAGCCGUGGCGAGGACGCGUUCCUGCUGCACAGCGUGGUCGUGCCGGGCGCCGCGGUGAAGGAACCGGUGACGGCGCUGGACUCGGUCAACCCAGAGUGGUUCUCGGCGAGGAGGAAGCAUGUGUUCGUGGACAGCGGCAUCAGGGCGAGCUUCGUGGGCGCGUCCGUGGCCGCGCGCCUCGUCGAGGCCGGCGCGGUCGAGGCGCUCAGGGAGGUGCUCGACCGCAGCGAGCCUGAGUGGCGUGCCGCGGACGCCGCGGACGAGUAUGGCCGCACGCUGCUAGACCUCGCCGUCGGCCUGGGCCGCGCCGACAUCGUCCAGGUGCUGCUCGAGUACGGCGCCGACGCUGACAAACCGAGCCGCGGCCGGACGCCCCUCGAGGCCGCCGCCGCCUCCGGCGAGUGCCUCAUCGCCGAGCUCCUCCUCGCCAACGGCGCGACGCCCGCCGGCUCCGACGCCAUCCACGUGGCCGCCGCCGCCGGCCACGACGACGUCCUGAAGCUGCUUCUUGGCAAGCCCGCCCCUGCCUCUCUCGCCUCGUCCUCGUCCGCGUCCUUUUCGUCUUCUUUUACAUCUAUCGACGCGGCGGGGAGGGACGGCAAGACUCCUCUACGGCUAGCGGCCGAGGCGGGGCGGCGAGACGCAGUGAAGGCGCUUCUCGCGGCGGGCGCGAGGGCCGACGCCAGGUGCGGAACGGACGGUGCCACCGCCCUACACGCCGCGGCGAGGCGCGGCGACGAGGCGGUCGCGCGCCUCCUCCUGUCGCACGGAGUGGCCGGCACGGCCACGGUGCGCGACGCGGCCGGGAAGACUGCAUUCGAGAUCGCCGCCCAGGAGGGCCACGGCGGCCGGAUCCUGCAGUUCUUGGGCCUCGGCGAGGCGAUCCUGGCCGCCGCGCGCAAGGGCGAGGUGAGAUCGGUCAGGCGCGCGGCCGACGGCGGCGCGUCCGUCGAGGGGCGGGACGCGCAUGGCUGGACGCCGCUCAUGCGCGCUGCCUUCAAAGGGCGGGCCGACACGGCCCGCGACCUUAUCGCCCGUGGCGCGGACAUCGACGCAGCCGACGCCGAGGGCUACACGGUGCUGCACUGCGCGGCCGAGGCCGGUCGCGCCGACGUGGUCGACCUCCUCUUAAAGAACGGCGCGAACGCCAAGGCUACGACCGUGAAGGGAAGAACCGCCGCCGAUGUCGCCGCCGCCGCGGGGAGGUCCAAGGUGGUUCGGCUUCUUGACAGGGCAAGCGUCAUAGGGAGGAAACAGGAUGUUACCGAGAAGGUGGCGAAGGGCGGUAGCAUGGACAGGAAACAGAGAGGGCGGAAGGGGAGCAGUGGCGCCAUAAGGUUUGGUGGUGGGAAGGAGGGAUUCGAAGCUGCCGUGGUUACCUUUGGGUGGUCACACUAGCCCACUGCCCCACUGCCAAGAGCCCAAGAAGCAGCUGACCAUCAAGGUGGAUUCGUUCCAAAUUGUGAUUAGUUUUGGAGGAGGCGAUAAUUCAUAUAUUUGUUUUGAAGUUACAGACGAGUAAUAUAUGUGGUAUACUUGUAAAAAGAUAUUCCCCAAAAGUAGACUUUUCUUCUUUUUUCACUUUGUUGUAUCACACUGUAUACAAUGAUGGCAAUGGUUGUAGUUGACGACUUGAUAAUA